AUGAAGGGGAAAUUAGAUUUUAUUGGAUUUUUCAUUUUACUCCAGGCUGCCUUUGAUUUAUCAAACACUCUUACUAAGGAAGAGCAGAGGAGUAGGUUGAGUGAGUGGGUGACCAGGGUUGAACUGGCAGCUGAUACCAUCAAUGAACUCAACACAGCCCUAGAAGAGAUCUUGGGACAGGUCAAGAUACACACACAAAGUGAUACUGAUUUUGAUAAGCUUGAGGGAGCUGUAGAGGAGUUGAAGACAAGACUAGAGAAAUUAAUGUGCUUUGCUGGUCUUGGACCCAAGAACUCAGGAACUCUGAACAACUGUUCCUUCAGUUCCACCUCCAGCCUGGAGGACAGUGGUGUGUUCAUGGACAGCCUCAGCACCAUUGCUUGGAGAGCAGUCCAGGCCAUUGAAAGUCUUCAGGCUGUCAUUAGCCAAAGGGACUCAAUCUCACAUCCUGACAGCAGCAACAAAAAUAAGGCCAGCAUGAUGCUAGGACACUGGCCCACCAAUAGCAAAGAGUACAUGGAAUACCGCAAAGGACAAAGGAGCACGCAGAAGUCCCCGUAUAAGAGUUCUCUCCGGUCGGCUACCAGUGUCUCUGGUGAGGAGAAGAGAGUGAGGUUUAAUGUUAGUGUCUCUCCUCCUAGCACAGAGGGAGAGGAUAGUCUAGAUGUGUAGUUGUUACUUUACUCUAAGGAGAAUUGAUGUAAAAUAUAUUUAUUCCUGUAUUUUAUAUGACUUCUUGCUUGUGUGUUUUGAUAUUUUGAUUGUAGCAAAUGGACUGGAUGCGAACAAUAUAUACUUCUGACAUUUUAUGCAGAGACUGAUGAGAUAUGAAGGGGAAAUUAGAUUUUAUUGGAUUUAUUAGAUGCCAUUAGAAGUGAACCAUUUGUCAGUGAAUACCCAUUAGAGCUGCUUGAAUUUACUAAUACAUUACCAGUAAAUUCAUCAGCUUGUGUGCCAUAGUAUUUUGAUGUUCAAACUGUAAGUUUCCUCUUAAAGAUGUACAUUGAGCUUCAUAUCUAGUUUUAAUUAGUAUGCAAGGAAUAGGGAGAAACUUAAAUUACAAAAUUAAACCUUUGUGAACUUACUUUACAAUGGAUACCUGUGUAAGUCAUUAGUCAGUUUAAGUUGUGAUUCUUAUUGUAAAACUUGUCUGCAGAUCAUGUACAGUAAAUAUUAAUGCACUCUCCAUGAAGAAACAGUGUUGAUAACGCAAGUGUCACAUACAGUGUUAAAACAUAAUUUUGAACCCACUUUUUGGAUGCCGGUGUUAAUACACAAAACUUAAUGCUAAUAUAUGUGUACAGGGAAAAUGACAAAACAGUUUACUACUUUGCCAGAAGAGAAUCCAUUUUAAAAACCUUUUAGUUUGUACGCUUAAACUUGUCUCACAUUCCGUUUUUUUUUUUUUUUUUUUUUUUUUUUUUUUUAAUUGUGCUGUUGAGAAGGUAGUUGUGAAGUCACUUGAUCACUAGAUCAUGCUUGAAAUGUGUUUUCAUUUAAGGUCAUUACUUAUUAGUCCUUUGACUUGUGAAGGACAGUAAAUGAAAUCAGUUUCUCUGCAUUCUUUUGGUAAGUUAUAUUUUUCAUUUUAAUUAUAUAAUAAAUAUAUGGGCAUCAGCUGCAUUAAUGGAAAUGUUUUGUUUGUCCAUAAUACUCAGCCAAAGUGUAGAAAAUACCUGUUACUAAAAGUUAAUUACUUAUUUUGUGUGUCUUGGAAUCUUCCAUGUGGGUCAUUGUAAUGAUCAUGAACAAGAUUGCUUGAAAAUUAUUUACUGAUAGAGUGUAUGAAUAUAAUUUAUGUAAAAUAUAUAGGAAGUGAUUAU